ACAAUUUAGAAGAGAUUUCAUUUGACCAUGUGGACCAGAGUGGAACUGUAAUAAACUGUGUUCGUUUUCUUUUCUUGAUAUUUAAGCUAUUUUUCUGAAUAAGGUUUCAGUAGAUCUCACCCAUUCUUACAGCCAAACCUGUUACAAUUUUAAUGUUCCUUUAUUUUCUUCUUAUUGAGCCACAACUCAAGUAAAAUUUGAAAUGAACAGUGGAUAUGACGUCUUAACUUUAUUUCGUUUGCUUCAUAUCUUUCAUGAUAUAAAGUAAAGCCCGGUUUAGUAAGCAACUGAAUAUUGUAUUAGCAUUAUUGAUAAGCACGCGAUAACUAAACUAAGGAGACCUAAUGAUGAGUUCUACUAACGUCAGGCUUGAAGUAAGCAGCGAAGCCGUCCAGACAAACGAAGAUGUGAACGGGGGCCCUAAUGUCACAGACCGGGACCCGUUGAAGAUCAACUCUCACCUCAAGGUGAGUUUUAAGGUUUGGUUCGCUUAGUCUCCACAACUUUAAGAAAUUAUUUCAGGUAAUGCUUCUUUUUUUUUGUAUUUUGUUUUCUGUCUAACACUUUAAAAAUGUAAAACUAAUUUUCCCUGUGCUCUCUGUAUGAUUUUAAAAAUAGGUCUUGAAAGGAAAUGUUCGUAGCUUUUGAAUUGCUACUGCCAUUCUUGCAGAUUGAUAUACGUUUUAAGGAACAUCUAUUUUCUCUUAUAAUUUUAUAGUACAUAUGUUUCACAUUUUAUUGUACAGAUGUUUCACAUUUUAUAGUAUAGAUACUUCAAAUUUCUGAAAGCCAAAAUAAUUAAUGCAUAAAAUUAAAUAGGCCCAAUGAUAUCUUUUUAAAGCUUUCGUUUAAAAAUUGCACAAAAAAUUUGAAAUGGUUGGGACCUGCAAACUUGCAUUUAUUUACUUCUACGUUCACGGCUAAUCUCACAUUAAAAUUUACUUUUAAAAAUGAAAUAACAGCGCAGGGCACCGACUACAGCUAAACCUACAGAAUAAUCAUUAUUAAAAACUCUAAUAACCAGCCAAAUAACAACUAUGUUAAAACCUCUUUAGAUAUUUGUUCUCUCCAUAUUUCUUCUUUUCUUAUGCUUUUUUAACCCCGUCUGGGGCAUAGGCCGUCCACAAGAAUUUUCCACUCAUCACGGUCCUGUGCUUUCCUUUCCAGUUGCUGUCAGGUGUAUCCCAUAUUUUGUGUGUCUGCCUAUAGCUCGCGUCUCCAUGUAUUCUUUGGCAUUCCUCUCUUUGUUUUUCCCUGUGGAUUCCAUGUUAGAGACUGUCUGGUGAUGCUAUCGGGGGGUUUUCGGAGAGUAUGCUCUAUCCAUCUCCAUCUUCUCUUUAUGGUGUCUUCAUCAAUGGGCACCUGGUAAGUCCUUUCUAGUAGAUCCUUGUCAGUGAUAGUAUUAGGCCAUUUGAUGUAUUUUGGCACAAAAUAAAUUAAUUUUAAAAAGCUGUGAAGACAAAGACAACUGAUUGUCUAGCUGUUACAUCAGCACAGACGAAGUUUUCCGCUAUAUACUAACACGGUAGAUAAGAGAAAUUAAGAAAACAAGGAGGUGGGUCAGUCCCCUUAACUCUCUUUACAGGAGACCGCCCACACAGCGUCUGGAAUCAGCCAUAUAUCUCAUGAGAGCUGUGUGUCGUAUCAAAUAUCCUCGUAGGCAUAGAGUGGACUGGCUAUGUCUCCUUCUGCCAUCCGUGUAUCAUGGUUAACUUGUCACGGUUACCUUAUCAUGGUCACACUCUCAUGCAUUGUUAUAUAACACCGAUAGGUCUCCACAUAUGCAUACCAUUAAGCUAUCCGUACACAGACUCAAGUCCAGUUGCCAUAUUUAAGAAUUUUGACCCAUUUCUUUCAAAAAUCUUCCCAGAACCUGUGAUACCAGAUAAAAUAUGACUUUACAGAGGAUAAAUCUAUUAUUCAUGCUCGUAGUUAUGUCAACGAAUUCAUUGCUUUUAAGAAACACACCGACUACGAGAUAACCCCUAAAUGUUUGCUGCAAAAACCAAAUGGAAAAAAACUCAUUGCAAACUGGAUCCGACAAAAUGGUGAUACUCUAACUAACAAACAAUCUACAAUGUAAUCUUGUUCAUCACCUGCAAAUUAGAGCUUGUUGAUCAUCUCCAAAUUAGAACGUGUUGAUCAUCUCCAAAUUAGAGCUUGUUGAUCAUCUCCAAAUUAGAACGUGUUGAUCAUCUCCAAAUUAGAACUUGUUGAUCAUCUCCAAAUUAGAACGUGUUGAUCAUCUCCAAAUUAGAGCUUGUUGAUCAUCUCCAAAUUAGAACGUGUUGAUCAUCUCCAAGUUAGAACGUGUUGAUCAUCUCCAAAUUAGAACUUGUUGAUCAUCUCCAAAUUAGAACGUGUUGAUCAUCUCCAAAUUAGAGCUUGUUGAUCAUCUCCAAAUUAGAACGUGUUGAUCAUCUCCAAAUUAGAGCUUGUUGAUCAUCUCCAAAUUAGAACUUGUUGAUCAUCUCCAAAUUAGAACUUGUUGAUCAUCUCCAAAUUAGAGCUUGUUGAUCAUCUCCAAAUUAGAACUUGUUGAUCAUCUCCAAAUUAGAACUUGUUGAUCAUCUCCAAAUUAGAGCUUGUUGAUCAUCUCCAAAUUAGAACUUGUUGAUCAUCUCCAAAUUAGAACUUGUUGAUCAUCUCCAAAUUAGAGCUUGUUGAUCAUCUCCAAAUUAGAACUUGUUGAUCAUCUCCAAAUUAGAACUUGUUGAUCAUCUCCAAAUUAGAGCUUGUUGAUCAUCUCCAAAUUAGAACUUGUUGAUCAUCUCCAAAUUAGAACUUGUUGAUCAUCUCCAAAUUAGAGCUUGUUGAUCAUCUCCAAAUUAGAACUUGUUGAUCAUCUCCAAAUUAGAACUUGUUGAUCAUCUCCAAAUUAGAGCUUGUUGAUCAUCUCCAAAUUAGAACUUGUUGAUCAUCUCCAAAUUAGAACUUGUUGAUCAUCUCCAAAUUAGAGCUUGUUGAUCAUCUCCAAAUUAGAACUUGUUGAUCAUCUCCAAAUUAGAACUUGUUGAUCAUCUCCAAAUUAGAGCUUGUUGAUCAUCUCCAAAUUAGAACUUGUUGAUCAUCUCCAAAUUAGAACUUGUUGAUCAUCUCCAAAUUAGAGCUUGUUGAUCAUCUCCAAAUUAGAACUUGUUGAUCAUCUCCAAAUUAGAACUUGUUGAUCAUCUCCAAAUUAGAGCUUGUUGAUCAUCUCCAAAUUAGAACGUGUUGAUCAUCUCCAAAUUAGAACUUGUUGAUCAUCUCCAAAUUAGAACGUGUUGAUCAUCUCCAAAUUAGAGCUUGUUGAUCAUCUCCAAAUUAGAACUUGUUGAUCAUCUCCAAAUUAGAGCUUGUUGAUCAUCUCCAAAUUAGAACUUGUUGAUCAUCUCCAAAUUAGAACGUGUUGAUCAUCUCCAAAUUAGAACGUGUUGAUCAUCUCCAAAUUAGAGCUUGUUGAUCAUCUCCAAAUUAGAACGUGUUGAUCAUCUCCAAAUUAGAGCUUGUUGAUCAUCUCCAAAUUAGAACGUGUUGAUCAUCUCCAAAUUAGAACGUGUUGAUCAUCUCCAAAUUAGAGCUUGUUGAUCAUCUCCAAAUUAGAACGUGUUGAUCAUCUCCAAAUUAGAGCUUGUUGAUCAUCUCCAAAUUAGAACGUGUUGAUCAUCUCCAAAUUAGAACUUGUUGAUCAUCUCCAAAUUAGAGCUUGUUGAUCAUCUCCAAAUUAGAGCUUGUUGAUCAUCUCCAAAUUAGAGCUUGUUGAUCAUCUCCAAAUUAGAGCUUGUUGAUCAUCUCCAAAUUAGAGCUUGUUGAUCAUCUCCAAAUUAGAGCUUGUUGAUCAUCUCCAAAUUAGAGCUUGUUGAUCAUCUCCAAAUUAGAGCUUGUUGAUCAUCUCCAAAUUAGAGCUUGUUGAUCAUCUCCAAAUUAGAGCUUGUUGAUCAUCUCCAAAUUAGAGCUUGUUGAUCAUCUCCAAAUUAGAGCUUGUUGAUCAUCUCCAAAUUAGAGCUUGUUGAUCAUCUCCAAAUUAGAGCUUGUUGAUCAUCUCCAAAUUAGAGCUUGUUGAUCAUCUCCAAAUUAGAGCUUGUUGAUCAUCUCCAAAUUAGAGCUUGUUGAUCAUCUCCAAAUUAGAGCUUGUUGAUCAUCUCCAAAUUAGAGCUUGUUGAUCAUCUCCAAAUUAGAGCUUGUUGAUCAUCUCCAAAUUAGAGCUUGUUGAUCAUCUCCAAAUUAGAGCUUGUUGAUCAUCUCCAAAUUAGAGCUUGUUGAUCAUCUCCAAAUUAGAGCUUGUUGAUCAUCUCCAAAUUAGAGCUUGUUGAUCAUCUCCAAAUUAGAGCUUGUUGAUCAUCUCCAAAUUAGAGCUUGUUGAUCAUCUCCAAAUUAGAGCUUGUUGAUCAUCUCCAAAUUAGAGCUUGUUGAUCAUCUCCAAAUUAGAGCUUGUUGAUCAUCUCCAAAUUAGAGCUUGUUGAUCAUCUCCAAAUUAGAGCUUGUUGAUCAUCUCCAAAUUAGAGCUUGUUGAUCAUCUCCAAAUUAGAGCUUGUUGAUCAUCUCCAAAUUAGAGCUUGUUGAUCAUCUCCAAAUUAGAGCUUGUUGAUCAUCUCCAAAUUAGAGCUUGUUGAUCAUCUCCAAAUUAGAGCUUGUUGAUCAUCUCCAAAUUAGAGCUUGUUGAUCAUCUCCAAAUUAGAGCUUGUUGAUCAUCUCCAAAUUAGAGCUUGUUGAUCAUCUCCAAAUUAGAGCUUGUUGAUCAUCUCCAAAUUAGAGCUUGUUGAUCAUCUCCAAAUUAGAGCUUGUUGAUCAUCUCCAAAUUAGAGCUUGUUGAUCAUCUCCAAAUUAGAACGUGUUGAUCAUCUCCAAAUUAGAGCUUGUUGAUCAUCUCCAAAUUAGAGCUUGUUGAUCAUCUCCAAAUUAGAACGUGUUGAUCAUCUUAAAGUUAGAGCGUUGUUCGAUGAAAGAAUGUCACUAUUUAAUGUACUGAAGGAAUCGCUUACCCAAGGUUUAUCAAACUGGGGUGCUGUCAAACCCAGGGGGGCGUGACGUUGCAUUUCAGGGCGUCCGAGGACAAUGGGUUAUAAGUACAGAGGAUGGAUUAGCUCUUAUUUUAUGACACAAGCUUUCAUGUAUUUCAAAAUAUUUAUCCAUAAACAUUUUACUGCUUGAAUUUAGUCACAAGUUCUCUUCUCAAUGCAUGUAAUACAUUACAUGUCAUUAUUUUUCAUUUUUAUGAAUGCAUUGUUACUUUUGUAAGGGUACGAUACUUAGCAGUGCGAUACUUAGAGAAACAAUUUAUAGGGGUAAGUUUGAUACUUAGCAGAAGAAUUAGUAGGGGAUGCAAGGCUAGAUGAAUAAUUCGUAAAAAUGCUGAGCAGAGAAACUCUUCAGAAGCACUUUUUUUUAAAUGGGUUUAUUCCAGCUGACCAUCUCUGCUUCACUGCAAAAUGUCAUGUAUGCCAAUACACUAAUGCCAAUCGAAUUGACAUUAUCUUUUUGCUUGAUUCAGUGUAGCGAUAAAUGAAUGAAGAAGACUACUAAGUAAACUGUACUAAAUGGAAACAUUCACAUUUCAUUUCAGGUGAAUUUUGAAAAUAUCUUCGCCGAGCCCGACCCAGAGGUCUCCUCGUUUGACACAGUCUGGUCCGGGAGUCUUACAGUAAGUUAAUGAUUGGCUGUAUUCUAAUAUGCCAUGUACAGAAACACCUGUAGAUAAAUACCUGUAGAUAAACACCUGUAGAUAAACACCUGUAGAGAAACACCUGUAGAGAAACACCUGUAGAGAAACACCUGUAGUGAAACACCUGUAGGGAAACUCCUGUAAUGAAACACUUGUAGUGAAACACUUUUGCCUAUAAGUUAUUAAUACCAUGCAUUUUAAAAAAAAAAAAAGUUACAUUGAUUCCACAUUACUUUCCACCGUACCAGUCCAGGCUUUUGUAAAACAAAUGAUAUUGAUAAACUAAGGGCUGCGCCGUACUUGCACCACUGAUCCUGGGCGUCGGUUAUUAAAUUUAGUACCCGGAAAAAAAAGGCAAAUAAUGGGAAAUUUAAAUUAAAUAAUUUGUAUGCCAAACACAGACUGUCCGAAGGACGUUUGGUCUAUUCCCAGAACUUUCAAUCUUUAUUCCCGUUUAACUAACACAAAGUGAUUGCUCUCAACGCACAGGUCUUCACCCAAACGAGGCUCUGGUGCUACAAAAUAUCAACCCUCUUCUGUGCUCUGCCCCUGGCGUUCUUCUGGGGGGUACACUUCGGAUUCUUGGCGUGCUGUACCGUUUGGUGCUGCCGCCCCUGUAAGAUGAGCUACGACGUCAAGCUCGGUGGCGUGAGAGGGUUCGUGCAGUCAGCCGUGGACGCCAUCUACCGGCCAUGCUUUGAGGCUUUUGGGCACAUUUUCUAUAACAUUAGAAUCAAGACCGUCAGAGAGGAAAUAUGAUAGAGUUUGACGUAAUGUCAAGAUUAGUGUAGUCAGAUCAGAGACGAGAGUAAAAUAUGCAACAUUUAUAAUUAUCUAUUUUCGUAUCUUAUUUUUGUAAAGUGAUCUUCAGAUGAGUUUAUAAUAUAGAAGUUGACAAGGAUUUUCAACAAUAACAAAAAUUCGUUAACAUAGAUAGUUGUAUAUAAAUGUCUGUCAGUGUUCAAAUAAACAUAUAAGACAAUUAUGGUAUUAAUGUCAUUUUAGCUAAUAUAGCGUUAAUGUAACAGCGAUAUUUUUUUGUAAUUCCCAAUUCUAUUUUUAGCCAGCUUACUCAUUUUUAGCUACUUUGUAUCAACAUAUUUUUCUAAUGGUUUAUUGUUGUUUAAUGUAAUUUAUUUUUUUAAUUUCAAUAAACUUAAUAAGUUUGUUUUGAAUUUUUUUUUUAAAGGACCAAAAGAAAAAUGAAUGGUGUAAAGUGUUGAUAAGAGUUAAUACUCGUUUUAUAGCCAUUUUAAUGGUUUCUAUAGUAUAGUAGUUACUAUCCUAGUGUCUCAUUUUUAUUUUACUUAGUUUACAUGUUUUUAAUAAUUGUAAAGCGCUUAGAGCUUUAAGGUAAGCGUUAUAUAAA